CCAAAUCGGAUUCGUAGUCAAGGCGAGGCGAAGCUCGACGAUUUUCCAAAAUGGACAGAGCGUCGCUGUACUCCAGGUACAACGGAUUGCAGAAAACCGACGCGAGCUUCGUCGUCGACAACUACCUGAGGCUGGUGAAGUGGAGGAGCGACGAGGUGGUGCUGGACGUAGGGUCGGGAGAUGGGGACGUCCUUUUCGACGUGCUGCUGCCCGAAAUCCCCCACGACUUCGCCAAGCUGGUCGGGACGGACGUGUCCGAGGAGAUGGUGGACUUCGCCAGGAGUCGCUACAAGAGCGACAAAAUCGACUUCGUCGCGUUGGACAUAUCCUCGACUAGCAUCCUUCCGGAAUUCCACGACUUCUUCGACCACAUUUUCUCGUUCUAUUGCCUUCACUGGGUCGUCGAGCAGAGACAAGCCAUGAAGAACAUGUUCGACAUGCUGAAACCUGGGGGAGAAAUCCUGGUCACGUUUUUGGCCAGCAACCCCAUCUACGACGUCUACGAGAGGAUGGCCAAAUCGAACAAGUGGUGCAGCUACAUGACGAACCUAAAACGAUACAUCUCCCCCUAUCACCAUUCGGAAAAUCCAGAAACCGAGCUCGAAGAUAUCCUAAAAAAAGAGGGUUUUUUAAUCCGGGUGUGUCGUAUGGAAGAUCGAACCUACACUUUUCCGAGCUUUUCCGUCAUGGCAAAAUCGGCUGAAGCGGUGAAUCCUUUUAUUAAGAAAAUUCCAGAAAACGAAAUCGGUAACUACAUAGAGGAUUAUCUGAACGAAGUGAAAAAUCUCGAAACUAUUACCAUCGAAACGACUAACAACGAUAAUAAUAAUAACGAGGAAAAAAUUCACGUUCCUUAUAAGUUGUUUGUCGCUGUAGCUUCUAAACCGGUGUAGAUGUUGUAUUGACGAGUAUCUGACUAAGUACAAAUGUAUAGUUGGUGGAGUUGACUUUGGUAGGGGUGGUUGAUACAAAUACUAUCCGCUAAAGUCAAUUUUUUCUGCUAUACUUAUUGAUAUCCGUAUUUAUCGAAUCUCAGAGGUGAAAAUGUGGUAUUUUUUUAUAAAUAUAUAUGUUAUAUUUUAUGGGGACGGGAAUUUUUUAUCAAUGUGGUGUAUUUUUUCUAUUAUCAAAUAAAUAAAACGAACAUUU